GCUUAUAAAUUCCCCACGUCAAAUUACAUCGUCACCGCCAAAACCUCCAUAUCUCCGGCUCUUCAUUCGCCCACACUUAAUUACUGUCAUCAUUCCUCCAUUGACGAUUUUCUUGCCUCUUUUCUGGGAGGUUUUCUGCGCAUUUAAUCUUUUUUUUAUUCAAUGAGACAAUGAUAGCAAUUGGAGGGAGAUCAUUGGUGCCAACAAAUUCUUCUCAAGGUCUUGGUGUUGUUGGGGUCGAACCACCAUCGCUGAAGCCGGGGUUUGUGAGCUUUUCCGAUUCUCUUAACGGUUCAAGUUCGAGGGUUUCGAUUCGAGCUAAGGCCAUGGAGGGUUCGGAAACGGUGAGUGUGACCGUGAGCGACGCGGAUUUGAGCAUAACGAAUGGGCACGCCGGGAAUCUAGGUAACAAUGAGAGUAUGUUGUCUAGCAUUGGGAAUUCGACCAACAUUAAAUGGCAUGAAUGUUCAAUUAAGAAAGCUGAAAGGCAGAAGCUUCUUAAGCAAAAAGGAUGUGUCAUAUGGAUCACUGGUCUCAGCGCUUCAGGGAAGAGCUCCGUGGCAUGUGCUUUGAGUCAGAUGUUGCACUGCCGGGGGAAGCUGUCAUAUGUCCUUGAUGGAGAUAAUGUGAGGCACGGCCUGAAUCGUGACCUUAGCUUUAAAGCAGAAGACCGUGCAGAGAACAUCCGGAGAAUCGGUGAGGUGGCAAAGCUCUUUGCAGAUGCUGGACUCAUUUGCAUUGCUAGUUUGAUUUCUCCAUACAGAAGGGAUCGCGAUGCUUGCCGGGCAUUGCUAACCGAUGGGGAUUUUAUUGAGGUGUUUAUGGACAUUCCACUUGAAGUUUGUGAGGAAAGAGACCCAAAAGGCCUCUAUAAGCUUGCACGUGCAGGAAAGAUUAAAGGUUUUACUGGGAUUGAUGAUCCAUAUGAGCCGCCAUUAAAUUGUGAGAUAAUAUUAGGACACAAAGGUGGAGCCUGUGCUUCCCCAUGUGAAAUGGCCGAAGAAGUGAUGUCCUACUUGGGAGAGAAGGGAUUCCUCCAGGCAUAAAGGAAGGAAGGGGUGAUGAUAUUUGGCCUUGCUUUGUGGGUAACCGAAUUUUUUGAAUUGUCAAAAAGAAAAUUGAACUGAAGAUAAUACCACUGACUUUCUAAAUUAAAAGUUCAGUGCUUUCUCUUCUGUAUUAUCAAACAAGAGA